AUGAUUGGGAAGUUAUUCCUUGCGUUGGCUACGCUUGCACUUCUUCACGCUGCAUAUUCCACAUACGAACAUUUGUCACUUCUGAAGGCUUUGGGCAAGCCUGAAGGAUCAUUACCUCUAGAUAUUGUGUAUGAGAGCAUUCUUGCACUUAUUCUCGGGCUGCUUGGAGCAUCCUUGAAUGCUCCACCAUUGAAGGAUAUCACUUGGGCAAGUGAAAUGAAGAAGCGCACAAUUGAUGGAAUGGAUUCACGAUUGGGAUUCGCGCACUACAAGUCUCGCGGAAAGUUUUUGUUUGCUAGUCCGCAGGAUGGUAAAAUAUGA